AUGCUCCCACAAGAACCUGAAGUAGCGCUGCCAUUGCCUGUACAGGGUCAUGCUCCAGCUACAGAUGAAGGGGAAGCCUUUAUCACUCACAAGGAACGUCCGCUAGUAGACGUCUCGUUAUCUGCUUCUUCGUUUGUAUACUCAGAUGAUCGGGAUUCCCUUUCCAGCAAGAAAAAGAGUGACAAAAGUAAAGCCGUUGUUACACGUUGUCGUGGGAAAAGAAACCCUAAAAGCAAUUCUCGUAUGACAAAGAGUGAAGGUCAUGGUGACGAGUUGUCAUCAUCUCCUGUCCCUGGUAAAUUUAGGUAUUUGAAACCUGACGAGAUUCUAAAUGGACAAUUACCAGAUUAUGAUUUUGCAAUUAUUGUAAAUCGAAAAGUUCAAUUGCCGGGUUGUUUUCAAAAGACAAUUCAUUGUCUCUGCUGUGCUCCAGUAUCAGCUGUUUCGUCACCACUUGGCAAUACGAAAAGAGGAUGUAUUGACACUAUUUCCGAUGCUUCGCAUGAACAUGUUGGAUUUAAAAGACUUUGUAUGGCAAGCUCACCUAAUGUAAGUGAAAGUGAAGAUGAACAUCGUCGCAUUGUCAAUAAAUUGUGUACUCAAGGACUUCUUGUGGAUAUUAUUGAUGGGGGAGACUCAAAGGGAGAAAUGUAUUCUGGAUACUUGAUUCUCUUGAUUCGAGCUCCGGAUUCAGUCGUGAUGUCAUUGGUGACUCAAUUUCGUACACAAAUGUGGAUAGAACAUGGUGCAGUGGUAGAUAUGGAAGCAGAUGUAGCACAGCGUCGAGGUGACCCUACGACUCCAGCUGAACGGAUUGAAAUUGUCGACUAUAUUAUUGAGCAACGAGCAAAGAUUGACCAAGAACGAUCUAUGGAUUCAUGA